AUGCGGAGGCUUAAAAAUAUAAUUCACUCCUCUCUUCAAAGAGCGUAUUUUCUACAUGCCACAUUACCAUAUUCGAAUACUAGAGAGAUGGAGCCUGACAAUCCAGUUUCUCUUCGCGGCACCUACUCCCUUUCACUUCGAGGGCAAUCAAUAUGGAGAAUGCUUGAGCCAAUCUUGAGAAUGUCUCCGGGCCUAAAAGCGGGGGAGGUGAAAGAGGGGAGUGAUUUCAACUUCCGCCUGGGUAAUGAUACAGCGACACUAAGUAUCCUCCUGUUAACACCCUCAUCCAUUGAAGCGUCUGUUGCAGAAGAGACUACAUUCAGACUACGCCAAUUUUCCUUCCUCGCAGGUCGCGUCGACAAGAAAGCUGUGGUAUAUCUGCUGUCUGGGACACCAUUUCAUAGUGCAAGUGGGAGAUAUGGUCUUGACGGACUGGUAGCAUUACAAGCACUGUGCGGGCAUUCUCUACAUUCAUCUAGAAGUAGUUGCGACGCGACUAACAUUGAGGAGCUGUACAGGAUGAUCGAAUCCCUCCCAAGCAUGCUCCCUAUCAUUCCUAUUGCAGACGCGGAUUGCUUCCUGGCCUCUGUGCAAGAAUAUAUCACCAACCUUGAGGCGAUCGAUAUUCCAUGA